AUGGCCGAUGUGGAGGUGUCGUUUGCGGAAGCCCAACAGACGCAGUCUCUUUCGAAGAGCAUCGAUCUGGACCAGCACACACUGCCGCACCACCAGCACCUGCCGCACCACCACAACAGCCACCACAGCAACCAGCAGCGGGCGCAUCUGAACGAUUACAAGGAGAAUAGCGAACUGUGCAACAUUCAGCGGGCGGCGGCCUCUUCCUUGGAAAAGCAGGGCACCUGCGAUCCUUUUGUGGUCUGCACCGCCCACUACAGCAACAAGCAGCAGGUGACGCGACGGACCAAGCAGCGCAAGAAGACCAUUGAUCCGGAGUUCGACGAGGCCAUGUACUUUGAUCUCCAUAUCGAUGCCGAAGCGGGCAGCACAAACACCACAGCGAGUAAUAAGAGCACCGGUUCCCUGGAAUCCCCGGCCAACAAGGGCUACGCCAUAUACCCGCAGGGCGGAGCGGAUCUGGUGGAGAUAGUGGUGAGCAUUUGGCACGAUGCCCAUGAAGCGAUGUCCGAUAAAGUAUUCCUCGGCGAAGUGCGGCUUCCAAUGCUCAAUAAGCAGGAGCAGCAGGCGGUUUCCCCAUCGGCCUGGUAUUACCUGCAGCCCCGCUCCAUGACGCACAGAGGCUAUGUGGAGCGGGUUUUUGAGGCGAUCGCAAAGUGUGCGGGUAAGCAUUUCCCCAGCAAUCGAGAGGUGCGAUACUCCGUGGUGUCCGGCUUCAUCUUCCUGUGCUUCUUUGCACCGGCGAUUCUGGGACCCAAGCUCUUCGACCUGACUACCGAGCGCCUGGAUGCCCAGACGAGUCGCACGCUGACCGUAAUCUCCAAGACGAUCCAAUCGCUGGGUAACCUGGUCAGCUCCCGGUCAUCGCAACAGGAGUGCAAGGAAGUGUUCACCGUCGAGCUGUACAAGAAGUUCUGCACAAGGCAGCAUGUUGAUGCGGUAAAGCACUUUCUAGAGGUGAUCUCCACGCCCAGCCAGGCGAGCAGCAGCGUUCAUCCGGCGGCGUCGGCGACGCCACUGCAACCAGUAUUACUUACAGAGGGCCUCUAG